UCAACUAUAGAAUUGAAUUUGUGGUUUCUAAAGUUUGAGAAGAAAUUGAGCAAUCUCUACAAUUCUAUUAUAGACAAAACUAGUGAUUCUUUAGUUCUUAUUGAUUCUCUUUCCAUGCCAUGGUUUGUCCUUCCUCUCUCAACCAAUACUCUCAUCUUCAUGUUGCAGCCUCAUUCAGAAACUUUUUCUUCUUCAUUCCUACUACCUUAGCUCUCUUAUUCUUAACCUCUCUUUCCAUUCUCUUCUAUGUUUACACUACCUCCAUCAUCUUCAUCAACCACCAUCAACACCACCACCUCCAAUCCACUUCUCAGUACUUCACUUCACUAUCUUCCCUUCCCGUUCUUCUUUCUCCAACCACCACCUUACACAACAAUGCUUCUGAGUUCACCAAGUUUCAGACUUUCCAAUUGGGUCAUGGCCUUCCACCACAAAGUCAACGGGGUCUGCCAUCUCAAUCCAACUCAACUAGAAAAUUAGAGAAAAACAACAACUUGUUCCAUGAUAGAGAUCUCUUUCUGGAAGACUAUAAAGAAAUGAAUAGGAGCUUUAAGAUAUAUGUUUAUCCUCACAGGGAAGAUGACCCUUUUGCAAACGUGCUUUUGCCAAUGAAACAUGAACCUGGUGGAAAUUAUGCCAGUGAAAGUUACUUCAAAAAAGUGCUUAUGAAGAGUCAUUUCAUUACAAAUGAUCCAACAGAAGCAGACCUUUUCUUUAUGCCUUUUUCCAUAGCAAGUUUGCGGCAUGAUCCUCGAGUUGGUGUGGAAGGUAUUCAAGAUUUCAUUAGAGACUAUGUUCAGAAUAUCGUUCACAAGUAUCCUUAUUGGAACCGCACCGGAGGUGCGGAUCACUUUUAUGUGGCAUGUCAUUCAAUUGGAAGGUCUGCAAUGGAGAAAGCACCUGAUGUCAAAUUCAAUGCUAUUCAAGUUGUUUGUUCAUCAAGCUAUUUCCUAACUGGCUAUAUUGCUCAUAAGGAUACAUGUUUACCUCAAAUUUGGCCUAGAAAACAAAAUCCCCCCAACCUUGUUUCAUCAAAUAGGAAAAAGCUAGCUUUCUUUGCCGGAGGAGUUAAUUCCCCAGUACGGAUAAAACUUCUUGAGACAUGGAAAAAUGAUUCAGAAAUCUUUGUUCACCAUGGAAGACUGAAAACACCAUACGCGGACGAGUUAUUAGGAAGCAAGUUUUGUCUUCAUGUUAAAGGCUUUGAAGUGAACACAGCUCGAAUCGGAGAUUCGUUAUAUUAUGGUUGUGUUCCAGUGAUCAUUGCCAAUUAUUAUGAUCUUCCAUUUGCAGAUGUGUUAAACUGGAAGAGCUUUUCUGUUGUUGUCACUACAUUAGACAUACCUUUAUUGAAAAAGAUCUUGAAAGGUAUAAGUUCUGAUGAGUAUUUGAUGCUACAAAGGAAUGUGUUGAAGGUGAGGAAACACUUCCAAUGGCAUUCACCUCCCAUUGACUUUGAUGCAUUCUACAUGGUUGUGUAUGAAUUAUGGCUUAGACGAAGUUCUAUAAUAAUUUCAUUGGGGGAUUCUAGGGACUAGGAACUAAACUAGAUUUAUUUGAGUGUUGAAUUGGUUACUCUAUAUAAUAGAGCUAUUCAGAAAUAAAUAAUUUGUUGUAUUAAUUGUACAUAAUUACUACCAAAGUGCUUCACAUAAAUAUGCUUAGUUUAUGAAAACAUGGAACAUAAAAA